CCCAGCAGGCAACUAUGUGUGCGAGGCAGGGCAGUUUUAUUCCCCUCCACUCCCUUCCCGGGAACUGGAUUGUCAUCACGAGGUUAAAGCUUAAGGCUCAGCCCAGCCGCUCGCUGUGAUAAAUAGAGGAGGAGCGAGAGGAGAUGAGGGUUUCUGGGACAAAGUGCCCCCAGAGCGGUCGGAGGACCAGGCUGGGAAAGAAGUGAUCGGGGAUCAGAGGCUCGGGGGGGACCUGCGGUCGCCUGCGUGCACCCCCACUCGGACAUGGGCUCUGGGACCCGCCCCUCGCUGCCACUUCUUCCAGUGCUGCUGCUGGUUCUGCUGCUGCAGGUCAACAGUGUCAACAGCUUCCGACAAGAAAAUGAUGAUCUCACUCAGCAAACAAAGGGAGAGAGCCACCGGCCCCUACGGCGAUCCAAGAGGAGGUGGGUUAUUACCACCCUGGAACUGGAGGAGGAAGAUCCAGGACCCUUUCCCAAACUUGUUGGUGAGCUGUUCAAUGAUAUGUCUCAGAACAUGUCAUUAAUGUAUUUGAUCCGUGGACCCGGUGUGGAUGAGUAUCCAGAGAUUGGGCUGUUCUCUAUAGAAGAUCACAAGAACGGACAAGUGUACGUUCACCGCCCUGUGGAUCGAGAGACAACGCCAUCUUUCACGGUUUACUUUGAUGUUCUGGAUCGCCUAUCAGGAAGAGUCAUGGACAGUUCCCUGAUUUUCAACAUUAGGAUCAGUGAUGUGAACGAUCACGCACCCCAGUUCCCUCAGAAGGAAUUUAACAUCAGCGUGAAGGAGAACCACGCUGCAGGUCAACCUAUUUUCCGGAUGUUAACAGUUGAUUUGGAUCAAGAAAAUACUCCAAAUUCUGAAGUCCUUUAUUUCCUUAUUUCUCAAACGCCGAUACUGAAAGAAAGUGGCUUCCAUAUCGACCGUAUCAGUGGAGAAAUACAACUCUCAGGAUGCUUAGAUUAUGAGACGGCUCCUCGGUUUACACUGCUAGUCAGUGCGAGGGAUUUUGGAGAACCACCACUGUCAUCCACGGCCACGGUUCACAUCAACGUGGAAGAAGGCAACAACCACAUGCCCACGUUUACCCAGGAGAACUAUAAGAUUCAGAUUUCUGAAGGCCGCGCCAGCUGGGGCGUGUUGCGUCUCGUGGUCCAAGACGCUGACUUACCAUUUACCUCAGCUUGGAGGGUCAAGUUUAACAUAUCGCAAGGCGACGAAGAAGGACGUUUUGACAUUCUGACUGACCCCGAGACCAAUGAAGGGAUUUUAAAUGUUAUCAAGCCCUUGGAUUAUGAAACUCACCCCGUGUGGCGCCUUGUCAUCACGGUGGAGAACGAGGAGACCCUCUUCUCCUGUGAGGGGGGCCGGCUUCGGGAGCCCAGGAAGGCAGCGGCGAGCGCCACUGUGAGUGUGCAGGUGACCGACGUCAACGACCCCCCGGCCUUUCACCCCAGGAGCUUUGUCGUCAGUGAAGUCGAUGGCGCCGGGCCUGGAAUUCAAUUGGGAAUAUUUAACGCUACAGAUCCGGACAGAGCCGCCGGACGGAUAAGGUAUAAACUGGUUCGUGACCCGGCAAGUUGGGUCACAGUAGAUGAACUCUCAGGAGCAGUCACCACCAGGAAGCAAAUUGACCGAGAAUCUCCUUACGUAAAUGAUAGCUUUUACAUAAUCAUUGCUCACGCUAUUGACGAUGGCCUCCCGCCGCAGACCGGGACGGGGACCCUGAUGCUUUUCCUGUCCGACAUCAAUGACAACGCCCCCGCUCUCCAUCCGCAUUCUCGAUACAUGGAGGUCUGUGAGUCUGCGGCGAACGAGACGCUCCUCCUGGAGGCGGAGGAUGGCGAUCUGGAGCCCUUCGCAGACCCGUUCACGUUUGAAUUGGACAAGUUGUGGGGAAAUGCAGAAGACACAUGGAAAUUGGGGGAAAAUCGGGGUCGGUCGGUUGAACUUUGGAUGUUGAGAAGCCUCCCGCCUGGGAAUUACUCUGUGCCACUUUUCAUCAGAGACAAACAGGGACUUUCCCGGAAGCAGUCCGUCCACGUGAGGGUCUGUUCCUGCCCUGAUGGAGUCACAUGUGCGGAGCCGUCGGUCACAGGAGCUGGGCUCCUCGUGGGGGCCCUGGUCCCUCCCUUUGCAGCGUUCGUGGCUCUAGCAGUGGCUCUGCUGUUCCUGCUGCGGUGCUAUUGUGGCUCCGAAGCCACGGGGUACGGACGGUCUGUCCCACGUGACCAAGGCCAGCAGACGCUGAUCAUGUAUAACGAUGAGAGCCAAGCCAUCUCGACCCAGGGAAGGCCAGAUGUCAGGGAUCAGAUGUCAGUCCGGUUGCUAAACACAGCGGGGGCGGAGGCCGAGCUCGGUGCUCAGGAUGCACACGACGUGCUCGCACCUGCAUCAAGAACAGCAGAGCAGGAAUACUUCGUCUUGGGGACUUCAGUGCAUUACAGAAGCUCACCGCCUGUUGCGGGUUGUGACAUGCCUUUUGAGCCAAGAGGCGCGAGGAACAAAUAUUCUACUCCCGUGUACCGGGAUGCCGUGGUGCCCAGACGAUGCCCGGAAGUGAGCGCGGGGACGAUGGUGGAGACCCUGAGCCAGAAGCUCUGUGGCGUUGACGCCCUAGCAGGUGACACCGGUCACCGGCCUCACAUCUACGCGGAGGAGGGAGAGUGCGAAGGAGCAGAAAGCCUCAGUUCUCUUGCCUGCUCGGAACCGGACUCGGGCUUCAAAGGCUGCUCUGCUUGAAGAAAUGUAUGCUGAGUCAGGUGGUCCUGCCUAGAACAGCCCAUUUUGGACAACUGGGAUAAUUCGUGGAGGGUAUUCAAGGGAGUUCACCUGCUAUGCUAGUCAAGGGACUUUUCUUCUCCCCAACCCUCCUCCUAGUCCUAAACUAAGGGUAAACUGUGAGGCUGGAUUCUGAUAUUUUCAGACCAGGCAUCUUGAGCCAAAGCAAAACAACAGGUUAUGCUUUUUUAUAAAUGUGACUUGUCAGACAGAUUUUUUUUUUUUUAAGAGAGACUCCCUCCUUCCGUUAACAGCCCAGCUCUGAGGGGAAACGAAAUGAUAAUUUAUAGAUUAGCCAGCAAUUUCGUGACAACAGGUUAAUACUGGGGGAAAAUGUAAACUAGACAGUUUUUAGUGAUUAUUCAUUUCUAUAAGUAUGAUUCUGCUUCAGUUUAAGUAAAAAAAUAGGUAAACAGGGAAAUGUUUUUGGAAUAUUUGUGAGCAGUAUUUUUAGUGAUGGUCAAAAAACAAAUACUGGUUCCUUUGCACUUGUUGAGUAAAGAAAUAUGUUAUCGUAAGACAAAGGAUCAUGGUUAUCACUUUAUAAGCUGUACAUACUUUAAAACAUGAAUAGGUAUGAUUUAACUUGUAUUUAUUACAUAUGAAAGAAUUUAUAUACAUAUGUAAAAGAAUUUAGUAGCCAUGGAAUGAAUACAUUCCAAUUAGAUUUUAUCUUUAAGCAAAACUCAAACUUGGGACACGUGGGUGCCUCAUUCGGUUGAGUGCCUGACUCUGAUUUUGGCUCAGGUCACGAUCCCAGAGUCGUGGGAUCGAGCUCCGAGUUGGGCUUUGUGCUAAGCAUGGAGCCUGCUUAAGCUUCUCUCUCCCUCUCCCUGCCCCUACCCCUACCCCUCGUACCCUAUCUCUCCCUCUCUUAAAAUAAAUAAAAUAAACUUAAAAAAAAGAGAAAUAUUAUAAAA